UGUACGCGGUCACAUUGUAAACAGUGAAAAUAAAUAAGCUCGUGCCUGCUAAAUAAACGGAAUUCCUGUGUAAACAAAAACUAAUUUGAAGCAAUAUAUAGAUGAACGCUGUAAUUGCGCUAUGUCACUUUUGCGAAGCCCACGGUCCCUGCGCUAUCUUCUGUACACAGACUUUGCGCGACACAAAAAUCGAGGACCUUAUUAAUGUGGAGCAGCAACAACAGCAGGGCCAAAAGACAUGUUCCGCCUGCAACUAUACACUGGGGCGUAACAGCAACAAUGCCAUAUAUAGCAAGGAUACAGAAAGUGGUGCGACAUUUGUAAGCACCAAAGUGGCUGCCCUACCGGAAGUGGCAAAUCUUGUCAAGCAAGCAGCAGUCCGGAGCCUCAGCUGCGAGAUAAACACAAACAAGGACGGCGACGGCGGCUUUGUCUUCUUUGGCGACUCGGCGCGCGGGCAUAUUCUUAGUCACACAUUUCGUGUCAGCGAUUUGCAGGCCCGGGGCUACUAUCAGCUCUUCUCGAUUAUAGUUUUAAUGAAGGAUAAGUAUUUUCUGCUGAACACCAAACCCUUUCUGGCUGAGCAUUUGAGGAAAGUGUCCACAGAACUGCAAGCAGGAGCACAGAACACAAAGGCGUCAGAGGAGCUUAACUAUUCGGCUAGACAAAGACGUUUGUCAGGCGCACAGUUCCUUAUGCCGACACCACGAUCUCUGAUAGAGCUGACCGGAGAGGAGCAUGUCUUCGCACAGUUGCACUCACACUUUGCCUGGAUUCUGCUGGCCGGAUCACGUUUCCUUACCGAGCACGUUACUUUUGGCAAUCUGCCGUGGCUACCACCUCAGAGCAGCGGUCGACCACCGGCGCAGCGUCUCACAUACAACAGCUCCACCCUUCCAAUGAUACAAAUGUAUGAGGAGAGCAUUGAUGAUCCCGAGCAGGAUGAAUUCUUCUCGCUGCGUCACAUAAAGAAAGUGGUACGCAAGGAGGAUUUUGCCACCGUUUGCUACUGUGCCCUUACUGGCGUCAAGAUUAUAGUGCGUGGCGCGCCAGAGCGAACGUUUCGGUUCAUGGUGUGCCUGAAGAAACUACUGCCCGAGCCAAUGCAUAAUCUGAUGCGUAUUGAUGCACAGCAUCAGCACUCAAUAAGUUCCGAGUACAAGAUUAUAUCGGUUUCCAAUGAAAUUGCUGUACCAAUAGCCAGCAGCUCGGUGUUUCGCAUUGAUUUUCUGGACAAGCAUGUUAAUGGCACGGACGUCGUCUCCGUCAAGUGGCCGGGCGAACUGCCCCGCAAAUUUCCAGAUCUCAUGGUCAAGCUUUUAAAAGCCGUCCAAGCAGUCGAGGAGAAGACGUUCACCGAGCUGGUGCUCAACAAGCAGACUAAGGUGCUAAUAGAAGAGUGGAAAAACAAAGUCAUUUGUCUGAAUCAUGCCAAGUCCGGAAGCGUACAGGCCAAGCUGAAGAAGGUGCUCGGUGUACAGCCGCAAGAUCAGCCUAUUAUCAAUUACUGGAGCACACACUUGCACUAGCGCGACUAAUACAUUAUUAUUAUCCAUAUUGUACAUAUCAAUUGUUUUUCACUUUUUGGAAUAAAACUUUUUUAUUGCCACAAUGA